AUGUCUAUUGGCGCUGUAACAGGGUCUUUUGGCCGAGUAUUAUUGGAAUCAGCAACCUCGAUACUUCCUCGUUGGUCCACUUCAAACGGGACUUCCGCUCCAAGCAUGGGUGCUGCAUUACAGCGCAAGAUUAUGGAACUACUGGAAAGACGUCAAAAUAAUGGCAGCGAUGUAGACUAUUUCUCUAAUAAUGGUAUUUUGCUAGCAGUGCCUAAGAAGAAGGUAUCACAUCAAAAGAAGAGACAAAAGUUGUAUGCGCCAGGUAGCAAGCAAUUGAAAAUGAUGCAUCAUUUGAACAAGUGUCCAUCUUGUGGACAUUAUAAGAAGGCCCAUACCUUGUGUAUGCACUGUGUGGGGCAAAUUCGUCAAAUUUGGAAAGCUCAUACCAACAACAAGCCAGCUGAACCCAUCCAAGAACAAGAAUUAUCAGAACUGGACAAACGUAUAUUGUAUCCAGGAAGAAAGGAAACUGCAUACACUAAGAAGCUCAAGGAAAAGGACAGCUAUUUGCUAAAACGUAUGAAGCCUCUUCCAGUGGAAAAGUCUGAGAAGGAAUGA